AUGCCGGUACCGUCAAUGCCGACCUACCACUUUGGCACCAUGCCUGGCAAGGGAUCCCUGACUUUGCGAAGUACCAUAUAUCGAGCCGACCGCUCUCAUACCCUUCAAACUAGGACCCUGUGGUGGUGGAGUCGACAUUGGAGCGAGGCCUCUCCGGACGAGAACCUCGAAGAACGGCUACGAAGACAUGAAAAGAUCAUCAGAGCCAGAUACUCAAAAUCAUUAAGGAGAAAGGCUCUUUGGGAGAGAGAGGACAGUCCCCUUGCGCCCUGGCGUCCGUCGGGCCGAUACUUGCGGACUCGGUACUGUGAUUACAAGCCAUCCUCCUCGGAAGUAGACCCCAAAGAGGAAGCAACUCAGAAUGAACGUGCUAGAGACGGUGGGCUCCGCAACUCCGUGCUGCACGAUUUGAAUUCGUUCAAAGCAGCCGUCGACCGUGCCAUUGCAGAAGAUCCCUAUGGCGCCCUCUUCGGUAAACGCUAUGGAAACCGGCCUGCAAGCGAUGAUCACCAGCGGUCUUGGACUUCCUUCUGGGCGUCCGGUUCUGAUGCUCACCGAGCACAAGAAGCUCCAAGUCCUACCAAACCAGAGCCGGCGCAGGACAGCCACACGUCGAGCACUAAUGUCCAUGCUAGGCAGGACUCUAACAAGGUAUCAGGUCCAUCCAAGGACAUUCAGCACUAUGAGUUCGACCCAAUCUCGAUGAGAAAGGUACCCGUCAAAAAGCCGGACAUCACGAAGUCCAGAGCCGUAGAUGAAACGAAGAAGCCAUUCCUAGAAACUUUGUUCUCGGAACACGGCGUUGAUAUUCCGAUCAAGACAUAUAAGCCGCACAAGGUAUACGGAUAUGGCGCACCAGAGAAAAACGUCGAAACAACCGAGGCGAAGGCGACGUCAACAACCGCUGAUAGAGGCUUCAACAGCUCGACAAGACGAGAUCUUCUUGAUCGUAUGGCUCGAGUCAAGGGCAACAACAUCGAUACCACAGCUCAAUUCACUGAGACAGCUUCGAAGCAGACAGCAGAUGUAGACGGCCAGAAUGACGUUUUUACGAAGAAAUUCCGUGAAUUCCCAGAGUUCGAUGACACUAUUCCACUGUUCUCAGGCACUACAUACGAAGCCCGAAGCAAAGACAGCAAAAUGACAGAGUCUGGAAAACAAGACUGGCUUGUGAAGGAAGGCUUCCGGUCCCACAAUGAUGAUGCUGACUCCACGCAAUCCAAGAACGGCCGCUCCGUCGAAACGUCCGCCGAUAGGCUCCAGCCUGCGCUUGAUCGAAUACAGGCGAAACCUAGCAAUGAGUCGGCAGAUGCGCUGUUCAGACUAGAAACUUCCCUCGACCGCCGCAGCAACACCAAGCACUCGGCAGCAGAGAGUGAACGGGAGCCACAAGAAGCAAAGGUCUUCGCAGCGCCUAUUUCCGCAACCGAGGAGGACAUCGAUCUCCUAAGGGCGAGCGACGUACGCGCAGCCACAAGAUCUGCGAGACGCACGAAGCAGGAGAAAGAUAGUGCAAAGAAGGAUGCCAGAGAGAGGCUUGAAGCAGACUUUGUGGCACGACAGGAAGAGAAAACUGAACCCACGAUGGCAAGUACCCCAUCAACCACAGACAAAUUGGCUCAAGGUCUCAACACUGUGUGGGAUCACGUUCGUGAAUAUCCCAACGGUAUAGUUGCGAAGACGAUGAAGUCUAUGGAAGCGUUCAACAGCAAUUACAAGAAGUAUCUGCGACCCGAUAAAGGCUUGACUGAGAAGCUUGUCUUCAAGGAUCCGUCAUUGAGCAAAGUGGCUUCCAUCUACAAAGAUAAAGUGGCGAUACCAAGGACUAAACCAUUCACGCCUUCACCAGAGGUUUUCAGAGCCGAGGAACAACGGGAGCUCAGACUGGCAGCGUUGAAAGAAGCAAAUCAUAAAGUGCGGCAGGAAUCUGAGCAGACGAACGCUCAACUAUCACGACUCUCCCAAGAGAUCAAAACGGUGUACGAGAGCGAGUAUGGACCAAUCGACAUUAAUCACCGCCAACCAGCCAAGGCCAUUGACGGUCUUGAAAGCACGUUGUCCUCCUCGACUCCGGCCAAUGCUCCUAGCAACAAGCCCCAUCCUCUGCUCAGUGCCAGCGUCAAACCUGGUGUCAUAACGAACCAUGCAAUCAACAAGCACGUCCGUGAGUUUGAGCCCACGUUUGCAGAGCUCGUGGACAAAGCCAAGCAGAUACGUAAGGCAGUCUCAGAAUCUCAGUCCGAAAUGGAGGCAUUUCGCAGUCGUUAUCAGGCAUCAUCGACGAGCUUGGGAGCGGUACUUGACGGGACCAAGGAGGUCAGAAGAGAGCUUCACGAAGUAAAGCAAGCAAUUCGAGCCAUAGAAACAGGAAGACCAGAGACAGUGUGGAACGCUCCGAUCGCGGCUUGUUCGAACUUUGGCAGGAAAAGAAUUGACCUGAGAGCAGAUGAAGCUUCAGUGACCCCAGCUGGCACUGCGGGAGCCUCUGACAAGAGCGCACUCACUGGAACGGCUGAAAAGGACGGCUCUACCCGGGAGUCCAUCAGACAAGAAGCAGAGAAGUCGGUACCAGAACCGGUAUUCACACCUGACGGAUCACCAGAAUGGAACGAUGAACAGCCUCCCUCUAUCGAAAGCUUGAGAAGGAAGAAGUUUGAUUCCGCGUACGUUAUCUUGGCUUACGAUGCCGCGGCAGGGAAAGUCGAGAUCUCACCAAUGAAUGAGCCUGCCAAACAGGCGAGCAAGUCUGCCGAUGCCGUAGGGAUCUUAUCAAGGCUCAACCACGCACCAGAGUUUCUCAAACACUUCGAAACGCUCAGGAGGGCGGGAUACUCGCUUUUCAAUGGCAGCGAAGACAUGCUCAUCUUUAAGAAGAAGCAGCCAGAGACUUUGCCUGGCUUGAGAUCUGCUGCCGCUGCCGCCAACACGGCCACCACCAUAUCUCCUGCAACUUCGCAGGCCAAUGUCGACGUUACUCAUAAACCACAGGACAAAGAAGCAGCUGCAGUAACGAACCAGAUUCCUACAAAGGUCGAAACAGUCCAGGAACCAGCAGCAGCUACCGCACCACCGUCUCGGCUGACUACGACCAAUGAUAAUCCGUUGAAAGUGAGAAGACAGGAAAGUGUGUUCUCUGGCACGCUCCGCCCCAGUGCAGCAUCAUCAUCUAGCAGUGAGUACGAAGGUUCUUCGGAUGCGCGGAGCGAGGCAAAUGGUUCCGCUGGAACGGACAACAAUCUCUGGCAGAAGAUCACUCGCGGACUUAGACGCACUGUCCUUACAAUUGCAGCACUUGGUGGUGGUGCGUAUGCGAUCGGUUUUAUUGCUGAGGGAAUGGGUGCCCAGACGCAAAAGCAGAAUGGAAUUGAUGAUGCCAAAGUUCAAGGGCCAGGAAAGAGGAUAGUUAUGACUGGUCAACGACCCGGAAUCUUCAGUACGGAGAGCUCGAGAUGA